AUGACCCCGUCUCAAGCCUCCCAUCACCUGGCAGUGACUAAUACAAAAACUCCAGUCACCGCAGCAGCAGUCGCAGGUGGGCUAGCCGCUGCCGCCUACUUGGAUGCCAAAUUCCAUAUCCGCCAUGACCUAGUAGGUGCCUCGUUGCCCAAAGGGCCAAAAGCCUUGGAGUUUGUUGCGCAGAGAUGGAAGGAAGGGAAACCCCUCAUGUACCACGUGUUCAAGGAUCAUGCCGAGGGCUCCAAUGCCGACAAUUUAUUCCUCAUCUUCGAGAAUCGCUCCUGGACCUAUAAGCAGUUCUUCGACGACAUCCAUCGAACCGCCAAUUGGUUGAUGAAGGAUCUCGACGUUCAGCCCAAGGAAAUUGUCGCCGUCGAUGGCACCAACUCUCCAGAGUUCAUGCUACUGUGGUUCGGCCUUGAGGCGAUCAACGCAUGCCCGGCCUUCAUCAACUGUAAUCUGACUGCUGGCCCUUUGACCCACAGUGUCAAGCUCUGUGAUUGCCGAUAUCUCCUUGCCGACAUUGCAACUCAGCCAUUAGUCCAGCCAUGCGAGGCUGCCAUCUCAGAAAGCAAUGUCAAGACCAUCUACUACGACGAAGCCUUCUUCGCCAAACUGACCGAUACCACACCUGUUCCGGCGUCUCGACACGCAGGCAUCAUGCCCGAUGAUAUAUGCAGUUUGAUCUAUACUAGUGGUACCACCGGUAUGCCCAAGGGAGUGGUGAUGGGCCGUGCCCGCGAACUUGUCACCGCCUGGGGCGUUUCAAAGUAUCUCCGCCUCAAGCCGGGCAACCGGAUGUAUACAGCUCUACCCCUGUAUCAUGGAGCCGCACACGGACUUUGUGUGACUCCCUCAGCCUUCAGUGGUAGCACCGUCGUUCUUUCUCGCAAAUUCUCCCAUAAGACCUUCUGGCCUGAAGUUCGCGCAUCCAAAGCCGAUAUCCUUCAGUAUGUUGGGGAGCUUUGCCGGUACCUCAUCAACGCGCCGCCUUCCCCAGAUGACAAGAACCACAACGUACGGCAAGCCUGGGGUAACGGGAUGAGACCUGACGUAUGGGAGACAUUCCGCCAACGUUUCGGCAUCGAGACCAUCAACGAGUUGUACGCCGCGACCGAUGGGCUGGGGUCAAGCUUCAAUGAGAACCGUGGAGAAUUUGGUCGCAGUGCCAUUGCCCUGCGUGGGGCCUACUGGCAUUGGCUAAACAGCGACAACGAAAAACGAGUGCGCAUAGACAUUGAUUCGCAAGAGAUUAUACGAGACUCGAACGGGUUCGCCAUCGAAUGCAAGACCGACGAACCUGGCGAGGUGUUGCACCGAAUUCUGGACCCGAACAAUGUCGAUGCAGUGUUCCGGGGAUACUACAAGAACCCAGAGGCCGGUCAGAAGCGAUUCCUACGCGAUGUAUUCAAAAAAGGUGACAUGUGGUUCCGAUCUGGAGACAUGAUGCGGCAAGACGCAGACGGACGGGUCUACUUUGUGGAUCGACUGGGCGACACCUUCCGGUGGCGCAGUGAGAACGUGUCGACCAACGAGGUGAGCGACGUGAUGGGCGAGUUUGAUCAGAUCGCCGAAGCCAACGUCUACGGCGUAACGGUACCUCAUGCCGACGGACGUGCUGGCUGCGCCGCCAUUGUCCCCGUGCAGGGUCUGUCAGCCGACAAGAUUGACUGGCAACGCCUGGCGGAACAUGCCAUCUCGAAUCUACCUCGGUACGCCGUACCCAUCUUCAUCCGUGUGGUGCCUCAGCUCGAAUACACAGGAACCAUGAAACUACAAAAAGGUCCCCUGAGAGCCCAGGGUGCCGACCUCGAGAAGAUUCGAAAGGCUAGUCCAGAAGACCGUAUGUAUUGGUUGCCUCCAAAUGCUAAGAAAUACGUCGAGUACAAUGAAAAGGAGUGGGAGGAUCUCAAGGCCGGGAGAGUCAAGCUAUAG